AUGGCCCAGCUCCGCCUCACCGACUUCUUCGGCCAGACAAAAGCGACCACCGGAGCCCCGGCCAAGCGCAGCGGUGGCCCCCGGCUCAAGACCGCCCUCGCCGGUCCCCCGGUGCACCGGGAGGAGGAGGAGGGUGGUGCCCCAGCGGGGCUCAGCGCCCGCCCGCUGCCGCUGCCCGGCUCGCCGCGCACCCCGGCCCGCGGGGGCUCCCCGGCCCUGCGGGGCCUGGCGGGCAGGAAGCGGAGCCGCCGGGAGAUGGAAGCGGGGUCGCCGCUCGGGGCCCGGCUCAGGGAACCGAGCGAGAAGUCGGCGCGGAAGAGGCUGGAGCUGCCCCGGGAUGCGGAGCCGGGAUCGCCGGCAGCGGCCUCCAGCUCCUCGCCUCUGGCCACUCCUCGACCCCCGACACCCCUCUCAGGGGACCUGGCCGUGUCCCCCCCGGCCACCACCAGCGGCUCCCGUGGGCAGGACACGGGGACAGAGCCCGGCCCGGGGACAUCCAGGCGCCUGCAGCGGGAGGACGUGGCCGAGCUGCAGGGCCGCCUGCUGAGGAUGAAGGCGCUGGGGCAGGGGCAGGUGCCCUCGGUCCCCAGCGGGACCAGCAGGGACCUGCGGAGCCACCUGGAGCGCCUGCGGCAGCUGGAGCUGCGCGUCCGGCAGAGGAGAGCGGGGAGCGGAGCCACGGAGGGAGCGCGGCCGGCCGGGGACACCAAGGACACCGGGGACACCAGGGACACUGGGGACACCGGGGUGCCUCCUCCUGAGGGAGAGACCGGCCAGAAGCCCCCGGCGUACCAGCGGUUCCACACCCUGGCCCAGGACCUGCCCCCGGGGCUGACGCUGCCCUACAAGUUCCGGGUGCUGGCAGAGAUGUUCCGCAGCGUGGACACCGUCACCGGGAUGCUCUUCAACCGCGCCGAGACCGUCACCUUCGCCAAGGUCAAGCGGAGCGUGCAGGACAUGAUGCGCAGGCAGUUCGAGGAGCGGCACCUGGGGCAGAUCAAGGCCGUGUAUCCCGGCUCGUACCGGCUGCGCCAGGAGAACGUCCCCACCUUCGGCAGCGGCGGGAAGAAGUUGGAGUAUCACCUCACGCUGGAGCCGCUGCUGGGGGAAGAGGAGAAGGUGGAUGGGCGCCCGCACCUGUCGGCGUCGCGGCUGCUGGAGCGGCGGAGGGAAUUCCACCGCAACCUGGUGAACAUCGUCAGGGAGCACCACAAGGCGUUCCUGGCCGCCCUCAGCCCUCCCAUGGUGGUGCCAGAGGAGAAGCUGACCCGCUGGCAUCCCCGCUUCAACGUGGACGCGGUGCCGGACAUCAGCCCCGCGGAGCUGCCGCGGCCGCCGCAGGAGGACAGGCUGAGCACGGCCCAGGAGGUGCUGAGCACGGCCCGGGGAUGCAUGGAAAAAGCUCUUGCCAACCUGGCCCUGAGAACGGCCGCAGCCGCUGAGGAGGAACCGACGCCUUCCAAGGCCCCGUCCCCCGCCGGCACCCCCGGCGCGCUCCGAGGGGUGUCCCAGGGGCUGCUGGACCGCAUCCGCGCGAAGGAGGCGCGGCGGCUGCGGGCGCUGCUGACGCGGGACGCGCGGCAGGAGGAGCGGGCGGCGCGGCUGGCGCGGCUGCCGGCGGCGGCGCGAGUCCUGCGCGGCGUCUUCGUGGCCGAGAGGAAGCCGGCGCUGGCCCUGGAGCUGCUGUGCGCCCGCCUGGCCGAGAGCUGCCCCGAGCUGGGGGCGCCCGGUGAGGUGGAGAAACACGUGCGGCUCCUGGCGGAGCUGCUGCCGGACUGGGUGGGCAUCCACGCCCUCAGGACGGACACCUACGUCAAGCUGGACAAGGAGAAGGACCUGGCGCUGGUCACCGAGAAGCUCAACGAGGCGGCCAAAGAGGCCGGAGCACUCUGAGCACCCCCUCAAGGGCUGGGGUUUCUUUUUUUUUUUCUGUGCAAUCUCCUGGAAAUGUAGCAAAUCCCAUCUGGGUUCUGGGCUGGGCUGGAGGGAGCUCGUCCUUCAGGGUGGGCUGGGGAAGGGCAAAAUGCCUUAAUUUAACUAAUUGCCGUGGUGGGAUCCGUGAGGAUUGUUGGUCCCUGCGUCCUUGGGCAAUUCUGUGUCCUGAAAUGAUAAAAGUGACCCUAACCUGAGGAACCUUUUCCUCUCCUUCCCCAUGUUCUCUCAGUUUUGGAGGGUUUUUUUCCAUUAUCUGGUGGGGCUGAAGGCAGCACAGGGCAGGCUGAGAGGGUUGACGAGCAGGAAGGAGCGAGAGAAAAAGUCACAAAUGGAUGUUUUUGGAGCUUCGGGCCUCGUUUCUGUUUUUAAGGGAGGGAAAAACGCAUCUUCCAGUCCUCGCUGGAAACAACUGCAGGACUUGUCAAAACAUAUUUGUAUUAAAUGUUUUAAAUAUA